AUGAACAGCAACAUGGGGACACAGUCCGUUGGUGGUCACAGCGACAGCAGCAAUGACUCGUCCAGCACCGCCUCGCUGUCACGUGAUGUCCAUGGUAUGACAGUGCUAGCGGGCCAGCCCUCCUACACCAACUACCCCCAGGUGAGCAUGGGGUACGGACAGUUCAGCCUGUACGACAAGGUCGGCAUGAUGCAGGCUAUGGCUAAAGAAGGGGGCAGCCUGUAUGAUCAUGGCAUGUAUGGGAACCUCCACUCUGCCAACCUCCUAGGGUCAGAGGCCAACAUGUCGCCCCCACCCCCUCCCCGGGUCUACAAGCCCUGUGUUGUGUGUAGUGACAAGAGCUCUGGCUACCACUAUGGGGUCAGCUCUUGUGAGGGCUGCAAGGGUUUUUUCCGACGGAGUGUCCAGAAAAAUAUGCAAUAUACUUGCCAUAAAGACAAAAACUGUGUUAUAAAUAAAGUGACUAGAAACCGCUGUCAGUACUGCCGGCUUCAGAAGUGUGUUGUCAUGGGAAUGUCAAAAGAAGCCGUGAGAAAUGACAGAAACAAGAAAAGGAAGCAGAAACCUGAAAGUACAUCUGGCAUCACAGACGACCUGACAGAAGACGACCAGAUGUUGAUACAGGAGGUCCUGGAUGCGCACCGAGACACGACGCCCAGCGGUCAAAAUGGUGCGACUAUACCUGGCUCAAAUGGUGCCUCAGUGACCGUAACCACUGCAGCCUCAUCAUCCCCCAACAUGGCAACAUCAACGACGGAAACAAAAGCAGAUGAUGAUAGUUCUGGUUCAUCUGGAGUGUUCUUGUGGGAAAAAAUUACAGAGUUAUCUUCUGCAGGAAUUAUCCUGAUAGUUGACUUUGCUAAAAAGAUUCCUGGUUUUUUAUCUUUGUCUACAUCCGAUCAGAUCACCCUCUUAAAGGCAGCUUGUUUGGAAAUUAUGAUUCUACGUAUUAGCAUUCGCUACGAACUCGACUCAGACACUAUGCAGUUUUCCAAUGGUCUAUCUUUAACUCGUGAGCAGCUACAAAGAGGUGGUUUUGGCCCCCUCACAUCAACUAUAUUUUCAUUUGCAGCCUCGUUGAAAAGGAUGAAUUGUGAUGAGACAGAGUAUGCCUUGCUGUCCUCUAUAUGUUUGAUAAGUGGAGACAGGUCAGGACUGCAUGACAUAGAAAAAAUAGAACAAAUGCAAGAGCCUUUAUUAGAGGCCUUGAAACAUUAUAUUAGGUCACGGCGACCUGAUCAGAAGCAUACCUUCGCUAAGAUGCUGAUGAAGCUGACAGACUUACGAAGCAUCAGCGUCAAGGGUGCAGAGAAAGUACUACAUUUGAGACUGGAGCGAUAUGCACAAUUACCUCCCUUAGUGGUUGAGAUGCUGGAACGUGUGGAGAAUGUUUGUCUACCUUGA